CAACCAGCAACAAUCAACAUUUCUUCAUCUUCACAUCGUUUUCUUUUUGACUUAUUAAUAUUGUGUGAAUAUUUCCCCCUUCAGAAUUUCGCUGGUAUCCUCGGCUAGCGUGAACUUAAUUUGUGCCAGUCAUGAGAGCGAGUUGGUAGACUGCAAGAAACAGUUAUUCACGGGGUCUGUCAGUCUGUUAGGCAGUGUUAGGCUGUUAGCAAUGUUAUUUUACGGAGGCCCUCAGCAUUCCGUGUGCGCAUGGAACGCCGUGGAUGUGCUGAUUGACGGCCAGCUGCAGCACGGCCGCGUCAUCAACGUGGCCGAGAAGGGACUGAUCAUUGAUUUUGAAUGUCCGUCACGGCGCUCACAAUUAGUCAAAUACGGGAAUACGAGAAUGUUCCGCUGCCACAAGCAGUAUGAGCGCCCGAUAGAAUUCGCGCAGGUUCUGUUGCGCCGUCAUCCUGACGGCGCCUGGAUCUGGUACUGGGGAAAGAUCGUCCCCGUGGACAGCUACUCCUCGGCCGAUUUUGAAUAUCUUGACGUGGAGCGACCGUACGGCACCGUCCGCGAACUGGUCCCUAGGGAGCAGAUUCGCUCGCCACUUAGCUGCGCAAUCGAAGCCCAGCUGCGCGUGAAGGCGGGGGAUUUCGUUGUGCGCUCGUCUCCGCUGCCCUUCGCCUAUCGGUCCUUGUCCAACGAUUGGCAUUUACUUGGGCAGGCCGUCCAUGGCGAAUUAGCUCGACGCCACGGAUUGCUGUUUACAGGGGUGGUAAGCGAGGAGAUUUGCUAUUUGCAGCAUCAGACUGGCACCCCGCUGACCCGCCAGCAUGUGAACACCAUGUGCAGAUCCAGUACAUUCUAUACGACGCAAAACGAGGCGGGCAAGUCACAGCCACCUCUCGAGGAGGUCGUUAAAAUGCGGUUGCCGCCUGUGCUGUUAGUGAAGAUCUUCCAGUCGCUGGAUUCCAUCGGGCGCGUCCGCUGUCGGCGUGUUUGUCAGGUGUGGAACACUCUUCUCACCACCGAAGCCCAUUUCCCCGAUGUACGUGUGUGCGGCAAUCACGCAGAGUACAGGGAUUUUCCCCGGGACGGGAUGUACUGGGUGGCGGCGUGCCUGUUAAAAUGCCUGAGCAGCGCCACCAAGUUGGCUGUGAUGAGCAAGCUGGUGAUGUAUGACGGCCGGCACUUGCCUGCAACACUCAACCACAUUCUGGCACCGGGACGCCUGCCGGUGCUGGUGUUCCACGACUGCGAUCUCGGCUCCACUUUGUCCUUUUUCAAAAGGGUAGCAGUCCGGACGGCUGAUUUGAUCGUGCAGUGUUCGUGUGACCGAGUGGUGUGGAAGAAAUGCCGGGUUCCAGAGGAGAGUUUCGUGGCAUUUGUGGCACAGGAAUCCAUCGGCGUCCAGUCGCAUCACCAGAUGGAAGCAGAGCUGUGGGAUGUGUUUGAGCGGAAUCUGUUCUGCAGGCAGUUAUGCGAGCGGCAGACCCUUCAGGACUGGAUCACAGAAACGUUCCGCAAUCCUGCAGCUAAUUAUCGACAGCUGAUUUUGAAGGUGCUGAACGAAUACCAGAGCGCUGAUCCGCGUGAGUCUACGCACUACCGCCAGCGAGAGUGGACGGCCGCCAAUAUCGCCGAUCUGGAUGCUGGACGACUGACCGCGGUGACCGUUGCCGUUUUGAGCAAAUACUUUCGGUGGGCCCGUUAAGUGCCCAAACUGUUAAACUUUCCAGUUUUUCCUCAAAGCGACACCUUAGCUUUUAACCAUACAGCAACGUAAACGUCUUUAGUGCUGCCUAAAGUUGCCAUGAUUUUGUAUGUACAGCGGUUUGUAAUAAAAUAUUUUAAAAAGAUGUUCCUGAUGUUUUGACUGAUCACAAGCCUCAAAGGAAAAAAAACCGUUAAUAAUUUAAUCACAUACUGCAAGCGUUAGGCAUCUGCUAAGUUCGGGCGCUAUAAAGUGGACAGGGUCACAAGGAUAUGGCCGGUUGACACUCGAUCGACUCUCUACGGCGGGCUUAAGUGGAGGAUGUCCGAUUUGUUCUGUCUGGAUGUUGGUCGGCUGAGCCCACUGACGAGGGAAGUUCUGUACCAGUUAUACUGUUGGGCCCAGUAGGUGCGCGAAAAGAUGUGUGGCUAUCAGGUUUUAUUGUUUAACUGAAGGCGUUUCCCCAGCAUUGUUAAGCUACUGUCGAGAUUUAACGCCGGAACGCUGUGUCGCUUCUUGGGUCCCUGUAAAAAUUAACUAACGGCUGAC